AUGUGGCAACAAGUGCUGUGGGCCGAGACCCCUAAUUGGUCUCAUUCAGACGUUCUCCGGGAGUUCUGGACACAUUUGAGGAUGGAGGUUCGAUUCCGAACCCUGCUCCACUAUCGAUUGGGAUCCUGUGAUUGCUGGUUUGACGAUGUUUUGGGCUCUGACAACUCAACGGCUUUAAUGUGGAAUAAUCAGACAUAUCCACAUUAUCUGCGACACCGACAGGAUGCCGACAUAUUGGCAGUGUCCUGUCUGAGAUUUCAGCAAUACCAGGAAGUACUGAUAGCAUUAAGCGCAAUGCUGGAUCAAAUACGUAGCACACCCGUGGUCUUGCAGCUUUGUGGAGAUGAAGAUUCCAACCAGGAACUGAACUCAGCUCGGCUAAUGUUGAAACAAAGUCAGGAUCUAAAAAUGCCCAAUGUUGUGUUGCUCUCGUGGAAGUUUGUUACCUCUGGAACACUCUAUUCCUACGAAAUGUUUCCAGAAUUCAAAGUUCAAACACUAGUUUAUCAAGCAUACCGCACCCUGUUCCCUUAUAAGCUGAGCAACCUGAAGGGAUAUCCUAUACGAACAAUUCCAGAUAAUUCUGAGCCACAUACCAUCGUGCAAAGGAUGUGGAAUGGUUCCAUCACCAUUAAAGGUCCUGUAUGGCAAUUGAUGGUUGAGUUCGUCAAACAUCUUAAUGGCACUCUUCAGCUGCCCAUAGAGCCACAUCCGGAAAGAUCCUUUAAACUGGUCGAGAUCCUGGAUUUGGUAAGAAAUCAAACCGUGGAUAUAGCAGCCAGCUUGAGGCCUUAUAGCGUCCACGUGCAACGCAGCAGCACGCACAUAUAUGGCUUUCCGAUGAUGGUGGGAAAUUGGUGUGCGAUGCUACCUACGGAAAGGGUAAUAGGUAGCCAUGAGGCGUUGACCAGAUUGAUGGAGUCACCUUGGACGUGGUUAGUCUUGCUACUUCUCUACGGUCUGCACAGAUUUUUGGUACUAAAAACACGUUUAAGAAGUUCACUUGUUCAUCUGAUAAAACUGCUGAUUAACCUCGCGCUCAUCUGCUUUCUACAAGCUCAACUUUCGGCCUAUUUUAUUGGACCCCAGAAGGUGAAUCACAUUGCCAACAUGCAGCAACUAGAGGAGUCGGGUUUGAAAAUCAGAGGAAUGCGAUCUGAGUUCAUGGAGUAUCCCAUUGAUAUGAGAAUUCGGCAUGCAUCCUCCUUUCUGCUGCAUGACGUUUUCUUUGAUUUGACACAAUAUCGUAAUAACUUCAAUACAUCGUAUGGCUAUACGGUCACCUCCGCUAAGUGGCAGUUGUACAAAGAAGCCCAGCGGCAUUUUCGACGACCUUUGUUUCGCUACUCGGAGGAUAUUUGUGUCCAGAAGCUGUCACUUUUCUCACUCAUCCUGCAAGACAACUGUCUGUAUCGCCACGAAAACAAAAGGUUUAUCCUGCGAAUGCACGAAGCCGGACUCAUUUACCUGUGGUAUCGAAGAUCCUACUACGUAAUGGUCACUGCAGGACGUUUCCCCAUUGGGGACUUGAGCACAGUCCAUCAGGCGCAACCCAUUUGCUUGUCCGAAUGGCAGUAUGUGGUAUCACUCUAUGGGGCUGGACUUUUAUUUUCUGUGCUUGUUUUCGUCAUCGAGCUCACAGUUCACUAUGUAAAUGUUUGCCUAAACAACUUGUAA